UGCGCAACAACGCCUCCAUAAUCCAUUUCCUCCACACAUAACGGGAAAGCCCUUUCUCCGUUUUGAGUUUUGACCAGAAUCAAUCCUCUAGAACUCCGAUCUGAGGCAGAGGCAGAUCUUCCACUGACUCAGUGACUCAGCGCGAUGACGCCGCCGCUGAAGGCCGUGACGCUGACGCACGUGCGGUACCAAAGAGGCGACCGCGUGGGGCACUUCCUGGCGUGGGUGUCCCUGGUCCCCGUGUUCAUCUCCCUGGGCGGCUUCGUCUCGCACUUCAUCUUCCGCCGCGAGCUCCAGGGCAUCUUCUUCGCGGUGGGCCUCAUCGUCUCUCAGUUCAUCAACGAAGUCAUCAAGACCUCCGUCCAGCAGGCCCGCCCCGCCACCUGCGCUCUCCUCGAGAUGUGCGACUCCCACGGCUGGCCCUCCAGCCACUGCCAGUACAUGUUCUUCUUCGCCACCUACCUCACCCUCCUCUCCUCCAGAAACGGCCUCAGCUUCUGGCACCUGCGUGAUAACCCCCUCCUCCACCUCCUCACCUGGUCCCUCGCGCUCCUCACCAUGUACUCCCGCGUCUACUUGGGCUACCAUACCAUCGCGCAGGUCUUCGCUGGCACCGCGCUUGGGGUUUUCCUCGGCGCGGUUUGGUUUUGGGUUGUUAACGUCGUUUUGUACCCUUACUUUCCGCUUAUCGAGGAGAGCGCCUUCGGGAGGAGGUUCUAUGUCAAGGACACUUCUCAUAUACCUAAUGUGUUGAAGUUCGAGUACGACAUGGCCAGGGCUCAGAGACGGAAUGAGCCCUCUGAUUCUAAGUCCGAUUGAUUCCUAAUUUGGUAGGCAGAUUGCUGCGAAUUUUUCUUCUAGGAUUUGUAUUCUCAAACAUUUAUGGCAGUAUUGUUAUUGCUUUCUUCUCUGGAGCUUUCCUCUAUAGAAGCCCACCGACUCAGGUAUAAAUGGUAUCUAUAAAGAGAGCAGCAGUGCACACUGAUACUAUAGGUCUUUGAUGCGUAUAAAAUAGAGAUGAUGUAACAAUAGAUGAUUACGUGAUGCUAUUGCUAUAGAUAAACAAAUGAAUAUUUUAUCUUGUUUUCUUACAUUGGUUUUAGACUAAAAAUACAUUGACACAUACACCUAAAGGAUUGUUCAAAUUAUUGAUAAGCUUAUAAAUAUUUGAUUUGCCCCUAAAGUAUUGUGCAUGC